AUGGAGAAGACGCAUGAAAAAGUGGAAAGGAUUCUUCUAGAACCCUACAAGUACUUGCUUCAGCUGCCAGGUAAGCAAGUGAGAACCAAACUUUCCCAGGCAUUUAAUCACUGGCUAAAAGUUCCAGACGACAAGCUUCAGAUCAUCAUCGAAGUGACGGAGAUGUUGCACAACGCCAGUCUGCUCAUCGAUGAUAUCGAAGACAACUCGAAACUCCGACGUGGCUUCCCCGUGGCGCACAGCAUCUACGGGAUCCCGUCCGUCAUCAAUUCUGCCAACUACGUGUAUUUUCUCGGCCUCGAGAAGGUCUUAACUCUGGAUCACCCGGAUGCGGUUAAGCUCUUCACGCGCCAGCUCUUGGAACUCCACCAGGGCCAAGGCCUGGACAUUUACUGGCGGGACAGCUACACGUGUCCCACGGAGGAAGAAUAUAAAGCCAUGGUGCAGCAGAAGACGGGCGGGCUGUUCGGGCUGGCAGUGGGUCUCAUGCAGCUGUUCUCCGAUUACAAAGAAGAUCUGAAGUCACUGCUUGAUACGCUGGGGCUCUUUUUCCAAAUUCGAGAUGAUUAUGCUAAUCUACACUCCAAAGAAUACAGCGAAAACAAAAGCUUCUGUGAAGACCUCACGGAGGGAAAGUUCUCGUUCCCGACGAUCCAUGCCAUCUGGCUGAAGCCGGAGAGCACGCAGGUGCAGAACAUCUUGCGCCAGAGAACGGAGAACACGGACAUUAAAAAGUACUGCGUGCACUAUCUGGAGAGCGUGGGGUCUUUUGAAUACACUCGGAAUACUCUGAGAGAGCUCGAGUCGAAAGCCUACAAACAAAUUGACGCGCUCGGUGGCAACCCUGAACUAGUAGCUCUGAUAACGCAUCUAAGUAAAAUGUUCAAAGAAGAGAAUUAG